CCAUCACAACACAGGGCAUUAUGUCUCUAUGGGUCAGGGAGACACCCUGGCAGGCAGUGGGGUCUCCACCCAGUAUAGUCCUACUCUGCCCUUAGUGCAGGUCUACUAGUAGAGGCUAUUGUUACUUGAUUAAAGGAAAGACUUGAUUAAAGGGGUAUAGGCCCCUGUACAUUGCUUGAAAGAGUAUAGGUCCCAGCUUGCCUGACUUAAAGAGGUUAGCGUCCCUUGCAGCCUCCAGGGCUGCCAAGGAAAUGGGAAGAAGCUGCCUCAGGGUGCCUGAACUUGCAUUCCUCCUCUUGCUGGUUUUGCCCCCUCUGCUGCCAAGCAGUGGGGCAUACCAGCACAGAGCCCCGACCUGGCUAGAUUUCCACCACCUCACUCGGGCCAGGAGAAGCCCCCCCAGCAACACCAACCAGGAUGGGGAGAGCACCCGCCAGGGCCUCAGCCAGGACACCGGGUCCAGGGAGAGGCUGGCAGAUGACAAGAAAUCCUGCCAGAGCAAUCUUGACCUCUAUUUAAUCUUGGACAAGUCAGGAAGUGUGGACACCAACUGGAUAUUUAUAUACGACUUCGUAGAGGAUUUCCUCAAAAUGUUUCAAAACCCGAACAUGCAGGUCUCCAUCGUCACCUUCUCCACAAGGGGCCACACCAUCCUAAAGCUCACCUCGGACAAAAAAGAAAUCGAAGACGGUCUCAACAAACUACGCAACACAGUGCCUACCGGAAACACAGACAUGCAGGAAGGAUUUAAAGCGGUCAAUGAGCAGAUCUCCACAGCAAACUCUGGAGAAAAGAAAGUGCACUCCAUGGUUGUCUCCCUAAUUGAUGGAGCACUUUGGCCAGAGUCCUUUCAGGCUACGAAGAAUGAAGCUCAGAGGACUCGACAACUGGGAGGGACUGUUUAUGUUGUGGGUGUCAACAACUUCGUGAAAAACCAGCUCCUGCCAAUUGCAGACAGCGAGGAGCAUGUGGUUGGCGUGCACAGUGGAUUCUAUGAUCUCAAGCACAUCAUUGACUCACUUGUAGCUAAGUCCUGCAUUGAGCUUACAAGUGUGGAUCCGCCCAUUCACUGUGUGGGAGAAAACUACAAUGUAGGCAUCUUUGGAAGAGGUUUUCAUAACACCAAAAACAAAAACGAAGUUCUUUGCAGAUUUCAGAUAAGUGACACCAUAUUUUUUGAUGAAAAAGCCACCCAGGUGGAAGACACCAGCAUAAAGUGUCCAGGAGUGAUGAUAGAGAUACCAGCCAAUGAGAUCUCUGUUGAAGUGAGCCUGAACAACGGUGCCAGCUUCAUCAGCAACGGGCUCAAGAUCAGCAGCAAGGACUGUGGGAGUCACAGAACCGGCCAGAGGAUGCGCAUGAGCCACUCAGGAGUCCCGCGGACUCACAGCUCGUCUGUCAUCAGGCCCAUGAGGAAAGUCCUCAGGAGAAACUCAGGGCAGAUCCCCGGAGUGCAGGUGAAUGCACCUGCCAUUCCCAAUAUGUUAGCCGCACUAACUGGAAACCAAAGCUCAAAUCGCUCCAAGAUCAACACUUACCACUUGGCUGCAUCAUUACUGAUACUACUAAUACCUCUGAUGAUAGGGUGCUUGUGGCGACUCCACAGCAGAAAGAACAAGACGGUGCAACCAUGUGCACCACCAACAUGCCCCACGGUGGUGGUCCCUGGAUAUGACAACCUAACACAGCUAGAGGACAAACUGGACACUUUGCGCAUGCAGAUCAUGGGCAAUUUUUUUCAAAACCGCAACCGGGGCCCAGCGAUGUGUUGUCAGCCCAGGCACAAGCCGUGUUCCCUAUUCAGGGCCCUAGGUAGGAGGAUGUGCGGAUACCCACGCUGCUGCCUUCAACCCAGCCCCGCGUGCUUUCCCUCCAACUGCUGCUGGACACGUUGCCCAUAUACCCCAUGUCAACCUCCCCAACCCAUAUGCUCCCAGCCCCACAAUUGGUCUGCUCCAGGCAGCCCUCCAGGAUGUGUCCAAUGAUCCCUGCCCCUAUGGGAAGAUGUGGUGUAAUCCCUUUGCCACUCCCAUCUUCAUAGCCCAGUCCCUAAAUCUUCCAAAUCCAAUA